AUGUCGGAGGUGCUGCCUUACAGCGAGGAGAAGAUCGGGCCCUAUGGCGACGGCGGCGACGUGGGGCAGAUCUCCUUCACCUGCCGCCUGCAGGACACCAACAACUUCUACGCGGGGGGGCAGAGCAAGCGGCCCCCCAAGCUGGGGCAGAUCGGCCGGAGCAAGUGCGUUGUGAUCGAAGACGACCGAAUUGACGACGUGCUCAAAAACAUUUCAGAAAAAUCACCUCCUGGAGUUUAAAUCUCCUCAAAGAGACGCUGAGGAAAUGGAGAGGCAAGAGAAAGAAUUUCACUUUUAACACAUUUGCGGGCAAAAUGAAAAAAGAAACCCCAGAAAAAAAAUGCCCUUUGAGGUUCUUCAUUGCUAGCCUGGGUUCCACCUUGCAAAAUCUGCAACUCGUAUCUUAAGAAGCAGGCUCAGAGGCAGAAGACAGAAGAAGGCAGUUUUACUGGUGUGCAAAUAAAUAAAUAAAAUGAUAAUAAUAUCACCCUUUAACCAGAAGCUCCAAAAUCAAAUAAUAAUAAUAAAAAAUGUACGAAUUUGAAAUGUACUAAUAAGAGCUCAUUUGUCUAAAUGAAGGCUCCAGUCCUUUUUCCCUAGACGAUCAAUAAUGUGCAAUUUUCAAUCUGGAGUUUUAAAAAAGCUCUUUAAACAACGGAGCAGCAGGAGAGAAACAGCAAAAGCGGUAUUUUCUGACCCUGGCAAACAUCGCUGGUUAUACUUAUUUUGAAUAAGCACUUGUUUACAUGGUGAAAUCUUACGAAAACGAUUCCAUACAUAUAAUAUGAUCUGCAUUUCCA